UUCACCUAAAGAUCUGUGUCUCUUGGCCAUGGCUACUUGUGCCGCUGCCGCUGCUGCUGCUGCUGCUGCUAGUGGUGGUGCUUUUGGACGUGGGAUUGGAAAGGCCGUGACUAGCAAGGCGAUCAGCAAGGCUGGGAGAGCGCGUGUGGCUUGCAAUUGCCACAAGAUGUUCGUUCCAGGAUUCGGAGGGCGGACUCCCGAGGGCCGUGCUGCGGACACGCUCCACAACUUCUUCACCUACAUUGCUGUCAAGAUCGUUGCUUCGCAGCUAGAGGACUACAACAAGGAGGCGUACGAUGAUCUCAUGAAGUUCCUGGACAAGGUGCCACUCAAGGACGGAGAUAAGUUUUGCUCGGCAUUGAUGAGGGAGUCUGGCCGUCACAAAGCACUUGCAUUGAGAAUUCUUGAGGUGAGAGCAGCAUAUGCAAAUAAUGAUUUUGAGUGGGAAAACAUGAAGGAAAUGUCUUUGCAGAAAAUAGACAAUGGUAACACCAAACUAAUGAGGGAUUUUCUUGCUGAGACAACUGGAAUUGAAUAAUAUCAAAUUGAAUAAUAUCUUGAGAGCAGGAAUGGUA